AAAAGAAAGGAAAGACCAUCUUAGAUAACAACAACAACAACAAUAUCAUGAUGAUGAUGAGUUGUAGUAGUAGCACAACCUUUGAUCAUGAGGCCUAUGAAGCUAAAAUCUUUAGGCUUCUACAAAUGAGAGAUCAAAUGCUAAGACAACAUCAUAGGAAUCAUGAUAAUACAAACAAAGGACUUCUUGGGAAUAACAACACCAAUAAUGGCCUCCCUUUGAUUCAUUUGCUUCUCUCAACCGCCACUGCCGUCGACGGUAACAACUUCGCCGCCGCCUUGAACAACCUCACCGACCUCUACCAGAGCGUUUCCCUAACCGGUGACUCAGUGGAGCGUGUUGUGGCCUACUUCUCUGAUGGCUUAACCGCAAGGCUUCUCACAAGAAACUCACCUUUCUAUGACAUGAUCAUGGAGGAACCAACUUCUGAGGAAGAGUUUCGUGCUUUCACUGAUCUCUAUAGAGUCUCUCCCUACUUCCAAUUCGCUCAUUUCACUGCCAAUCAAGCAAUCUUGGAGGCCUUCGAGAGGGAGGAAGAUCGAAACAACCGUUCCAUUCAUGUCAUCGAUUUCGAUGUCUCUUACGGCUUCCAGUGGCCUUCUCUGAUACAGUCGCUAUCAGAAAAGGCCACUAGUACCAGCCGUAUUUUCCUAAGAGUAACUGGAUUCGGGAAGAAUCUGAAGGAGCUGCAAGAAACGGAGUCAAGAUUAGUGAGCUUCUCUAAGGGAUUUAGCAACCUAGUGUUUGAGUUUCAAGGGCUUCUGAGAGGGUCAAGGGUGAUAAACCUAAGGAAGAAGAAGAAUGAAACGGUGGCAGUGAACUUGGUAUCAUACUUGAACACGUUGAGUUGUUUCACGAAGAUCUCAGACACAUUGGGGUUUGUGCAUUCACUUAGCCCCUCCAUUGUUGUGUUGGUUGAGCAAGAAGGUAGCAGGACCCCAACAAGGACAUUCUUGUCAAGAUUCACCGACUCCUUGCACUACUUUGCAGCCAUGUUCGAUUCUCUCGACGAUUGUCUUCCAUUGGAGAGUGCUGAGAGGCUCAGGAUUGAGAAGAAGCUUCUUGGGAAAGAGAUCAAGAACAUGCUCAACAACUAUGAAAACAACAACAUUGGUGAUUGUGCUAAGUAUGAGAGGAUGGAGGCAUGGAAGGCGAGGAUGGAGAAUCAUGGUUUUGUUGGGAAUAAGAUUAGCUCCAAGGCCAUGAUUCAAGCCAAGCUACUUUUGAAGAUGAGGACUCAUUAUUGUCCAAUGCAGUUUGAAGAAGAAGAUGACAGCGACGGCGGCGGCGGCGGCGGCGGUUUCAGGGUUUCGGAGAGAGAUGAAGGAAGGGCUGUCUCUUUAGGGUGGCAAAAUAGGUUUCUUCUUACUGUCUCAGCUUGGCAACCACUUUCUCUAAUCUGA